CAUACACAAUCAACAACGCCUACGACGCCUCAUCAGCAAUCCGUACACCCGCUACACGAUCAGAAUCAAUUGUUCCGCCAACGUCCACCGUCCCGCCGACUCCGACCUCAUCCAGCCAACCACUUCAUACACCCUCGAUCGAUCAAAGAGCAACCGUGGCAAUACAGAGCAAUGGCGAUGUUAGACAAUAAUCACAUGAGUAUGAGUAGUAGUAACUACUCCCGCAAGGUCUCCAGCGAGUCCUCGCGGCGCUCCAACACCCAGGCUUCGGCCUAUGCCGUCAAUGCCACCUCCAUGGCAUUGACCGGCUUCCACGCCUCCACUUUCGGGGGACGUGGGUUUGAGGUCCCUUCGGGCGGCAUACCCUCACCACCGUCAUCUCCCGGCGCGACACCCUCGCGCCAGCGCCCGAGCCUCUCAGCUCGCAGGCGUAGCGGAGAUGCCGCACUUCACAUCACGGAAGAGUGUGAGAGACUCUUCUGCGAGACGCUGAAGACUGUAUUCUUGGUUGAGAAGGAUUCUGGUCUUGAGAACUCGCUGGUGAUGGAUUUGCGAACCAACAACGGCCACCACGACGGUCACGGAAGCGAUGCUCAGCCGAUCCCGCAGAGCACCGUCUUGCGACAUGGUCAGGUCACCCCUUCGCCGUCUCCAGAUGGUCGCGUCUUCCCCAAGUCGGAAGGCGGGAUGAUCAAGGAGUAUGUCGAGGUGUACGACUAUGCUGGUGGAGCGAGGUUCCGUGGCUUCGUGGCCGAGAAGGAAGAUAUGCGUAGCAUGUUCAUCUUCUUCGACAAGGAAGUGAUUGGGAUGGAUUUGAAGCCUGGUCUCAUGUCCCUCCUCGAACUCGCUAGCAGCGAGCACUUCUCCUGCGACCAGCUCGUCAUUUGCGUUGACCGCAACGCCGACGAAGCCGACGUCAAGGAAGUCAAUCGGAAUCUCGGAUGGGUCGGCUUCGAACUCGUCAUGCUCGACUCCUGGACCUCUUCAUCCUCGCCGGAUCAAGGCUGUCUUAGCGAGCAAUACCUUUUCUUGGGCAUAGAUCUAUGAGCGACUAGGAGGAUAAUCAAGAUUUCGAUUGUGGGAACGAUGUGGAAUGGUUUGGUCAUUUGCUUGUGCUGCAUUCCACGCUUGUCUUGAUUUGUACCUGCGAUAUGAUUUACUUGGAGGCACUUUCGGUAAUGGUGGGCUUUUGUACUCGUACAGAAAGGCGUCGGUUGGUAUUAUUUAAAGCUUCUCUGCCUCCUC